AUGGACAAGUCUUCAUCAAAAUUGGCUCUUCUGGUUGUGCUCAUGGUCAUUGCAUCUGGUUUGGAGUUAUGUGCUGAAGCAAGAAACAUCGCAGUCAUAGAGCCUGAUUGCCUCUAUGAUCCAGAAUGUGCGAAUUUUUGUUGUGCUAACCAGAAAGUAGAGGCGCAUCACACCAUUCCUCCUCCCCUUUCUCCCAUGUCCGAUCGAAGCCUCCGACGAUUGCCACAAGCUGAUGUUGAAGAAGAUAGUGAAGACAUCGUCGCUUUGCUGCUACUAGAUCUCAUCUUGAAUCUGGAUUUGGCUGGCGAAUUAUCGCUUUGCUUCUUCUUGCUCCUAGAUCCUAACUAUUAUUAUGAUUCCAAGCUGAUCCGGACACGUAUCAGCUUUGGCUUCGCUCACUUAAAGCCUCACUGGAGCUGCUGUACACGCACGACGAUUUUGUGGUGUCAAAUCCAAACGACUCCGUUGCCGAAAAUCUAA